UCUUGAGCCACCGCACCUGUCGAUCACACCUAACUGUGCAGCCUGCUGUAACCACGGCAACUCCCUUCUAUAGAUCAACGGUUCCCCCAGAAUUUGGCUUUCUCUGUGUCUCCGCUGAAACAGUGUAGGGCGUGAACAACAGAGGGAUUGAAUUUGUAGGUUUGGUCGGUAGUGUGAAUAUAACGCUCACGCUUCGCGUACGGGACAGACAGACCUACAUUUGAUACGGAUAUUGAUGGUAGCCUACUUGGGUUUGUGACUGGCUGGAUUUUGCCCUCAGCGAUAGAGGUAGGGAUGAAGGGAGAUUGGAAGUCGUUUGCUCACAGUCACUUCGAGCUCCUCCCAGCGUGGCAGGCGCCGUUCAGCAGCAUCACAUUUGUUCAAUGAAAGCGAGAGGGCACGAGAGAAAACAACGGUUUCCACUCUAACCAACUGCCAUAUCAACGCCACUUUUGCCUUCGUCAAGAGGACUGCCGGCCCGGCGCACACUCAUGGGUCUGAAGCUCCGCGCGGCGGACGCGGCGGCCGUCGGCUCCGUGCCGGAAGAGGGGCGCGGCGGCGGGCGGCCUCGGAAGCGGCCCGUCCGCAGGAAGCUGAGGCCGGCGCGGGUGCUGUGCUUCCUCCUCGUCCUCCUCGCCGCCAGCGCCGUCGUCUCCCUCGGCGCCCUGACGUGGGUCGCCGGGGGGGACCCCCCGCCCCGGGACGGGCGUGAGCCGGGACCCGCCCACGGCCGGUCACUCCUCUCGGCCGAUCGGGACGAGUCGAGCGGCGGCUCCACCGGCGGCCCGCCGACGGCGCUGAGGUGGUCGAGCGGCAGCGGCGGCGGCGGCAGCAACGGCAGCUUCGAGAUGCAGGGGGACUACCCGGGCGACCUGUUCAGCCUGGAGGAGCGGCGGAGGGGCGCCGUGGCCCUCCACAUGUUCGGCAUGCUCUACAUGUUCAUCGCCCUGGCCAUCGUGUGCGACGAGUUCUUCGUCCCCGCGCUCACCGUCAUCACCGAGAAGCUGGAGCUGAUGGACGACGUGGCGGGCGCCACCUUCAUGGCGGCCGGCGGCUCCGCCCCGGAGCUCUUCACCUCCGUCAUCGGCGUCUUCAUCUCCCACAGCAACGUGGGCAUCGGCACCAUCGUGGGCUCCGCCGUCUUCAACAUCCUCUUCGUCAUCGGCAUGUGCGCCAUCUUCUCCCGCGAGAUCCUCAACCUCACCUGGUGGCCGCUCUUCCGGGACGUGUCCUUCUACAUCGUGGGCCUGAUCCUCCUCAUCGUCUUCUUCCUGGACAACAAGAUCACGUGCUGGGAGAGCAUGGGCCUGCUGCUGUGCUACUCCAGCUACGUCACCUUCAUGAAGUUCAACACCAGCAUGGAGAGCUUCAUUAAGACCCUCCUGAACCGCAACCAGGUGGACGAGGUGGAGGCCACGCCCAAGUUGGAGUCUUCUGCAUUGCUAACCAAUGCAAGCUACACCCCCCCCGGAGAGCAGAGUCCGGGCCAAGGGGACGAUGGGACCAAGCUGUCGGCCAGGCCCCGCCUCCAGAGAGGGGGUAGCUCCGCCUCCCUUCACAACACCCUGAUGAGGAACAGCAUAUUCCAGCUGAUGAUCCACACCCUGGACCCACUGAGUGAAGUUUCCUCAGAAUUUGCGGAUUCCGAGCUCGGGACGUACGGAAAGCUAAAAUAUUAUCAGACAAUGACUGAGGAAGGAAAGUUUCGGGAAAAGGCGUCCAUUCUGCACAAGAUGGCCAAGAACAGGUGCCAAGAAGAUGGGGACAAGUCUAACGGGGUCCCGGGUCACACCGACAUGAACCUGCCCAACAGCUCCAGCGUGGAGUUGGAGGUGACCCCCCCUAUGAACGGCACAGCGGGACAGGACACGAGUGAGGAGGACGAGGAUGAAGACCAGCCCCUCAGCUUGGCCUGGCCAGAGACGCCUCGUAAGCGCAUCACCUACCUUCUGAUCCUGCCCAUUGUGUUCCCCCUGUGGCUCACCCUGCCGGACGUCCGGAAAGAAAAAUCCAGAAGGUUCUUCCCCGUCACUUUCCUCGGCGCCAUCUCCUGGAUCGCGGCGUUUUCUUACCUCAUGGUGUGGUGGGCGCAUCAGGUAGGAGAAACCAUUGGGAUUUCGGAAGAGAUCAUGGGACUGACCAUAUUAGCAGCCGGGACCUCCAUCCCAGACCUGAUCACCAGCGUCAUCGUGGCCCGGAAGGGGCUGGGGGACAUGGCCGUGUCCAGUUCCGUGGGGUCCAACAUCUUUGACAUCACAGUAGGCUUGCCGUUUCCGUGGUUACUCUACUCCCUCACGCACGAGCUGAAGCCGGUGACGGUGAGCAGCAACGGCCUGUUCUGCGCCAUCGUGCUGCUCUUCCUCAUGCUCAUCUUCGUCAUCAUCUCCAUCGCCUCCUGCAAGUGGCGGAUGAGCAAGCUGCUGGGGCUGAUCAUGUUCCUGCUCUACUUCAUCUUCCUGGUCAUCUCCGUAAUGCUGGAGGACAAGGUCCUGGUGUGUCCCGUCUCCAUCUGAGGCAUCCGCCCCUCCUCCGCGGUCCGGACACCCUCGCACGGGACGGGGAGACGGGGUGGGG